AUGUUUUUAUCUACGUUAAGAGGGGACAUUUCCAAAGGUGCAUUUAUAAGGAAAAGGAUUUUAGGAGCCACUGUACUGUUUGGAAAUUCAAAAGCAGUUUCAACGUGGGGACAACUGACGCACGCUUUUGACACUCAGCGAUCGAAAUUUAUUCUACCAAAAACUACCGGUUUAUUCGGGGUUCCUGAACUAUACGAUAGCUCUGGGUUUAGUGUACUUUGCAAGCAAGUGUUGAGUGAAUCUCAAGGUUUAGUAGAUGAUGCGCUGUGCUUGGCAAGAGAGAUUAAAAAUGGCCAAAAAUCGGCUGUAAAUUUGAUCACAAAAUUUGAUCAUUUAUCAAACACGAUUUGCAAUGUUGCUGACUUGGCAGAAUUUGUAAGGUUGACUCACCCAAACACAGAGUACCAGAGAUCUGCUGGCGAAGCGAGCCUUGCUAUUAAUGGUUUUGUUGAGAAGCUGAAUACUAAUGUUGAACUAUAUAAUGCCUUAACGAGCUCGUUACAGAGCACAAGUGCUUCAGAACUUGAUGAAGAGAGCAGACAUGUUGCAGAAUCGUUAGUAUUUGAUUUUGAACAAAGCGGGAUCCAUUUAGACGCUUUGAAAAGAAGCAAGUUUGUUAAGCUUCAAGAUAGUAUCUUGCGUCUAGGGAGUCAAUUUGUAGCAGGCACCUCGGCACCGACUCACUUCCCGAAGAAGUUUUGGCCAAGUAAUGUUAGACAUGGGUUCCAGUCAGAUGAUGAGUAUAUACAAAUAGAUGGCCUAUGUUAUGAUUUACCUGAUCCCGAACUCCGAGAAAUUGUAUAUAAAGCUUACAUGCAUUCAAAUCCGACCCAGUUAGCUGUCUUAGACGAUCUUUUAGAAGCUAGACACAACUUAGCAAAGUUGGUUGGUUUUCCAUCAUUUCUAAGCCGGUCAUUAAGAGGUACCAUGGCUGAAACACCAGAAACUGUUAAUGAGUUUUUAACAAUGUUAGCGAAAAAGAUUCAACCAGUAGUUAGCAAUGAUAACAAACUCUUAACAAACUUCAAGCAGGGUAAUAAUAGUGAUGGAGCGAUUAUGCCAUGGGAUACGCAAUAUUUUACCGGCCUUGCCAAAUCCCAAUUGGUGCAAAAUUUUCCUGUUAUGCUUAAUGAGUAUUUCUCGUUAGGCACAUGUAUGGAAGGGUUGAAUAUGAUAUUUCAGAGAAUCUAUGGUAUCACCCUUGAACCUACUGAACCUAAGCCAGGUGAGGUGUGGCAUCCUUUGGUUGUCAAGCUUACAGUGAAACAUGAGGAUGAGGGAAUUCUGGGAUACAUAUAUUGUGAUCUGUACUAUCGAGACAAUAAAGUUCAGCAAGAUUGUCAUUUUACCAUCAGAGGUAUGUAUGUUGGAAUUUUUAUUAGCAAAUGAGAAUGAUAUGGACUGAUGUUUUAUAAGGUUUUAUUUGUCCUUGGUAGUAUAGGUUGUGCUAUUCUAGUUGGUUUGUCUGGAUAGUUUGUUUUGCAUUGGGUCGUUCCAGAAAAGAUCCAUACUCCCCCCACGGAGGAAAUUUCUGCCGUCCGGAGGGGGAUGGGAAAUGGGGGUGGUAUGAGGGUGGUAUGGAUGUUUUCUCCAUGGGGGUGGUAUGGAUGUUUUCUGGAAUGACCCUGAGGGUCGGGCGGGCCUUAAAAUAUCUUUUACAGGGCCGUCUGACAAAAUGUCCGGUGACGUUGAAUUUGGGUUGGACAUAUGUCCGAUGACCUUUUGACUCGGAAAUAAGUCUGAAUGACACAAAUGAAUAAACGGUAAAUGUUGUAAAGAUAUUAAAUAAUUUGUUCCUUUCAUACUUAUUUCCAAGCCAAAAUUAACUUGCUUUCCAGAACAGCAGUAUUAAAAAAGACUUCGACAACUUAAGCUCGUUUUCCACUUCACCAUUUUGUUCGCUGCCCCACGCUCAACUACGUUAAAACAACAUUUCCAGUUGACCUUUUAGUUUUAUACAAUAGUACUCUGAUUGUCCAUUUAACAUACAAGCCUCUAGUCCUGGGCUAGGGUACAUUUUGAUUUAUGUCGGACAAAGCUACAGUUCGGUCGGACACCAAUACACUCGGGUCGGACAAACAAUAAACCUCAGUUUCACUUUGGUCGGACAAAAGGUCCGGUGGUUUCCUUUCUACAUCGGACAAUUUCACGAAUGGGUCGGACAAUGUUCGUGACCGACCGAUAUUUUAAGGCCUGGGGUCAAUGCUGAGGCCAAUGCUGCAUCUUAACCCACACUGAGGCCAAUGCUGCAUCUUAACCCAUUGAUUGGCAGUACUCUCCCCUUGACAAGUAAAAUUAUCUGGCAUAAGACAGAGUAAAAUAAUAACAUAGGGUGCAUCAGGGUGCAUUGCCAUUUACAGUAAAGUGUUAACCAAUGAUCUGCCUUAUUGAAUCAUUGGACAUCCGUAUCAAUGAUUAUUGGGUACUGUAUUCUGCAGGAGAAGGGUGCAGGCUACCUGAGUAUGAAUGAAGUAUUUUAAUUUUCUGUGAUGUACAUUAGGUGGUUGUCAACUUCCUGAUGGCUCAUACCAAUCCCCAGUUGUAUCCAUCGUAUGUAACUUCCCUCCACCUCAACAACAGAAAGUGACGUUGCUAUCGCACAGCAUGAUUGAAAACCUUUUCCAUGAAAUGGGUCAUGCUAUGCACUCAAUGCUCGGGAGGACACAAUACCAACACAUAACUGGCACACGAACGGCAACAGAUUUUGUGGAAGUGCCGUCUAUCUUGAUGGAAUACUAUGUUUGGAAUCCUACAAUCCUCUCCCAAGUUGGUCGGCACUAUCGUUCCGGGAAGCCACUGCCGGAAGAAGCUGUCCAAAAGUUGUGUCAAUCAAGAAGUUUGUUCUCAUCACUAGAAAUGCAAACACAAGUGUUUUAUUCAAUGGUCGAUCAAACAUAUCACAGCAAACAUCCACUUGGUAAAACUACAACAGAAAUUCUGAAAGAGUUGCAGAUGAAGUAUAUGUCAAGUCCCUAUAUUGAAGGUAUGAACUGUCGAUAAUGUUGUGGAUAAAGAUGAGCUGAUAUUUAGAAAAUAACUCAUAAUUUUGAUUGAAGACGUAAUGAGAUGCAAAUAAGAUUUCAACAUUCCCUCAUUUAGUGAUAUUGCCCCCCCCCCCCCCGAAAACAUCCACACUUCCCCCACGGAGGAAACAGCCUCACUAUUUACAGUAAAAUACCAGAAGUAAAUUUUUCACACCCCUGGACAGCGGAAAUUUUCUCCAUAGGGGGAGUGUGGAUCUUUUCUGGAAUGACCUAUUUGUGUCUGAAUGCGUUUUACUAUUAUUUUUCUCCCUCAUUCUACAUCAGACUAUUCAACUGAAGGAAGUCUAUGUCUCUUGCUUUCAUCAAUUUGCUUGGUCUAUGGUUGUAAAAAGACCUGUUUUAUUCAUAGGAGGUCCAAUAGUUAGUGGUAAUAGGCAUAAAAAUGACUAAAAUAGUUUAAAAUUCAAUAAAAUUUCAUUUCAUAAAAAUAUUCUACCAACUGUUUUUGUAGCCAUAGGGGUUAAUUUAAACCUUGCGAUGCUCAAUCUCUGAUUCGCAGUGACUUAGUGAGGUAUAAGUCUUUCGCAUGGUUUAAAUUCAGACCUAUGGCUAGAAAAACAGUUAGUAGAAUAUUUUCACGGUAACACAAUGAAAUUUUAUUGAAUUUUAAACUUUAGUCAUUUUUAUGCCUAUUACAACUAACUAUUGUUCCUCCAAUGGUUUUAUUGUUCAGGAACAUCUUGGCAGCAAAGAUUCUCACAUCUACAUGGCGGCUACGCUGGAAGAUACUACUCUUACUUAUGGUGUCGAGCUGUCGCAUCUCGUAUCUGGAAUGAAUGGUUUAAGGAUGACCCUCUGUCCAGGGAGGCGGGGGAGAGAUACAGACAGACAUUUCUCAAAUACGGUGGAGGGAGGGACCCUAGGAAGCUAGUUGAAGAUAUGUUAGGACAGGAGAUUUCUGUACAAGAUUUAGUGAACGCUUUAGAGAACGAGCUUCAUGCGACUGUAUAA